UAAGUCCACGGUCGCACUGGCCGAAACUAACAAGAACAACAACAUAUUUUAGGUUGUUAUUAAUUAAAAACUGAAAAAAUGGCAUACGACUUAAAAAAGGAGUCAGAUGUGAAGGAGUAUAUCGACAAGCUGGGCGUGGAGUAUCGAUUUGGCUGUUAUUCGGAGAGGAAACCGGAAGCUUGCCACCUGCUAGGCGACUAUCUUGAGGGCAUCAAGAAGGACUUCGAAAAGGCGUCAAAGGUAUACAAAUCAACAUGUGACGAUUAUGGUUACGCAAAGUCCUGUUAUAAGUUUGGCAACUAUAGCAUUCUGGGCAAGGGUAAAAGCGGAAGCAAGGGCGAACCCCGAGUGGCGUACCAGUACUACGAGAAGGGAUGCAACUUAAACGAUUCCGAUGCCUGUCUCCACUCCGGCCUGUUGCUUGUCUCGCGCUCCAUGCCCAAAGAGAUCGACAGAAAUGUGCCGAAGGGCUUGGAGUUCCUCACAAAGAGCUGCGACAUGAAUAAUGCAAACGCCUGCUUCUAUUUGUCCGGCAUGCACAUCUCUGGCGUUCAAAAAAGGACAGAGCCAGGUACCCUGGUUGCGAGCAGUGGACCCACGCCCGCCAAAUCGCUCAAGGACUCCGAUUACAUUGUGCUCAAAGACAUGAAGAAGGCAUUUCAGUUUGCCUACAAGGCGUGCGAGUUGCGCAACGUGUACGCAUGUGCCAACUUAAGCCAGAUGUACGCCCGCGGCGACGGCAUCGAGAAAAACGAGAAAGAGGCUGAGAAGUACAAGAAGCUAGCCCUGGAGAUGCAAGAGGAGAUCAAGAAGCAGCAGGAAACGCUCGGCUUUCAGCAGGGCGUCGGCAUGCCAAACUGAUUCAACACUAAAUAUAUUUCUAUGCGUGUUUCGUACUGCAGUAAAAUCAAGCACUAUCUACUCAACAGUUAGCAAUUACCAUGCUUCUGUUUCUUCCCUCACUUAGUUCAAUGUAUCGUUUUCGUGUUUUUUUUUAUUUUUAUUUUUUUUCACUUCCCUACUUUCAUCUUCAAUCUGACCAUUGUGGUUCUACAAAAUAGCAACUGUUUUUAGUUUCAGUGUACAUAGGCGGCAUGUGCGUUUUUGGCAUGUGUACGGAAAUGAGCGCGAAGCGAACGACGGAACAAGAUCGGCGCUGAGCAAUCGAAGACAACAAAAUAUUAAUUCCUAGAUUUAAUUGUUACUGUUAUCAAGAAUGAAACUAAAACCCUUAUAUAAUUCUGUUGAUACCCCUAUAUUAAAUACAAAAAAAAGUCCAGCCAGGACCAUAGACCAAA